UCUGAGAUCUUCCGAAUAGAAAUUUACGUCAGCGGAAACUAAAUCGAAAGUUGAAAAGUCGCACUACAAUCGCAGAAGUUCCUGUUGUCAGAAGUUUAAGACAAGUGUAAAGAUGUCGAUCCCGUAUUUUGUCAGUGUUAUAUUGAUAUUCUGUUUCACACUGUCGACCUUUCCUACCAGUAAUGGAGAACCUGUUAGCUGUGAAACGCAAAACCAAACAGCCUGCUGUAAAUAUGCAGAAUGUGCAUACAUCAACUGCACAAAUGUUACUGAAGUUACAACUUACCAUGAAGGUUGUCAUGCCAAAGUCAACUUAACUAAACUAGAAGGCGUUUGCAAGAAAGACACUGUUAAAACUAUUUGUUCAGGUCCAGAAGCAGUAGAUAAAUGCGGCUUAGUAAAAACUGAAACAGACUGUUGUAACACCACUGCCAAUGCUGGUUGUGCUUGGUUAGGAGCUUGUGCCAACAGCACAAUGAAACUUAACGCUUGCUACAAUGCCACUGAUUUACCAAAACGUUGUAAUAAUGAAUCCACAGAUUCAUGUAAGUUUGAUUUUAACCUCAUUUUUUAA